AUGAAAUUCGCCAUUCCACUCUCGCUCCUCGCUUUCGCCGCUUUGGCAAGUGCAAGUAACGUGAUCGAUUUAGAUACCAAGAAUUUUGAAGAAUACGUAGGAGGUGAUAGACCAGCUCUGGUAGAAUUCUAUGCCCCAUGGUGUGGACACUGCAAGAACCUCGCACCGGUGUAUGAGCAACUCGCCGAUGCCUUCCCAUCAGACAAAGUCGUAAUUGCCAAAACCGAUGCGGAUGGCGUAGGUAGAGAACUAGGUUCAAAAUAUGAUGUCAAAGGAUUCCCAACUCUCAAAUGGUUCCCUAAAGGCUCGUUGACACCUGAAGAUUAUUCUUCCGGAAGAGAUUUGGAAGCUUUAGCUGGAUUUGUCUCUGAGAAAUCUGGUGUAAAGUCAAAGAUCAAGCCUCCCCCUCCUCCUGUAGCUGUACAACUCGAUGCUUCCAAUUUUGAUGAUAUCGCUUUGGAUGAUGAUAAGAAUGUCCUGGUCGCUUUCACUGCUCCUUGGUGCGGUCAUUGUAAAAACAUGAAACCAGCCUACGAGAAAGUUGCCAAAGCCUUCUUAUCUGAAUCCGAUUGUGUAGUCGCUCAGAUGGAUGCCGAUGCCGCUCCUAACAAGCCCGUCGCUGCCAAAUACGAUGUCCGAUCUUUCCCAACUAUCAAAUUCUUCCCUAAGGGAUCGAAGGAACCUAUCGCUUAUUCUACUGGUAGAUCGGAACAACAAUUCAUUGAUUUCCUCAACGAACACUGUGGAACCCACCGAUCCAUCACUGGUCUCCUUUCUGAGACUGCCGGUAAAGUCCUUACUCUCGAUACUCUCGCUUCCAACUUCUUCACCGCUUCUCUCCCUGAGAGACCUGAUGUUCUCGGUAAAGCCAGAGAAUACCUCGCCACUUUGACUGGGGCCGAUAAGAAGACCAACACUUCUGCUGAAUACUAUGUCAAAGCGAUGGAGAGAGUCAUUGAGAAAGGUGAAGGUUGGUUAACCAAGGAACAAGCUAGAAUUGCCGGCUUACUCGCCUCACCUUCUUUGGCACCCACGAAACUCGAUGAACUCAAAAUCAAAGCCAACAUUCUCUCUUCAUUCGCUGCUCAGAAAGCCUCAGAGGCUGCCGAUGCGGCUGAAGAUAUCUACGAACAAGUUGUAGAUGCUGCUAAGCAAGUCCCACAACAAGCCAAAGAUGGUGUGGAUCAGUUUGCCGAUGCGGUUCAAGAUAAAGCUAAGAAGAUCAAGGAGGAGCUUUAA